CUACACGAAGCUAGGGUUUUCCGACUCAUCUCUCUCGAUCAAUUCGCUUCGCGAUCUCCACCGCCGCCUCUGGAACCCUCUUUCUGGAUCCAAAACUAGGAUUUCCCCUGCCGCUCCGAUCAAUACUGAGGGAAUGGGUCACUCCAACGUGUGGAACUCUCAUCCGAAGAGCUACGGCCCCGGAUCUAGGGUUUGCCGUGUAUGCGGCAACCCACAUGGUAUGAUUCGGAAGUAUGGCCUCAUGUGCUGUAGACAGUGCUUCCGCAGCAACGCCAAGAGCAUUGGCUUCGUUAAGUACCGUUGAAGAAGAUCAGAAGCUCAAGGCAGAGUCACAGCUAUGGCUUUUUUAAAAAAAUUGAAUAUUUGAUCUAGCAUUGGAUAGUUGCUGUAGUGAUUCCAUGUGUUUUUGCUUUCCUGAAGUAAUUGUGGGAUUUUCUUCUUUUUUUUUAUUGCUACUUGGAACCAUGUGGAUUCUGGAUGAUGGUUCUAGCUUUGAAUGCAACUUAUGGUUUCUUUGAUUAAUGUUUAGAUGUUUGCUUUGUGUUA